AAAUAAACUGGCAAAAUGCCGUCUCACAAAUCUACAAGUAAAAUACUGCGAGACUAAUCGUGACGCAUUUCCUUUUCCUCCACGCUCACAGGCGAAACUCGCGUCCAAGCUGUACCUCGCUCGCCAUGUCUGCUGAACCCUCACCGGGAUCCACAACGCUAGACAUCUUGCGGGCGUACAGUUAUCCUCCGUCUCCUUCAUCUCCGGACGCGACAUCCAUCAAUAGACGACCAGAUAUUAACCCAUCUCUCCGGCCACCAGAUUCUAGACUUUCAAGUGCUUCAUGCAGUCCAACAUCAAUUCUGUUCACUGCAGACAAAAUCUUGUUAGGGCCGAGCGAGACUAACGAAUCACCCUUUCGGUGGAAUCUACCUUCGCCUGUGGAUCCUGAGGAGAGCGGACCGCCACCACCCGGUGACGGAAAGGGACAGGAAUCCACAGCACACAUCUGGCAGGGCUGGAGAGUCGUUGUCUUUGGCUCAUGGUUCAACCUUUUGUUGUUGUUGAUCCCUGUGUCUUGGACAUUAAGCUUCGUGCUCGAGAAGCAUCACAAGGUUAUUUUUAUCUUCAGUACCCUGUCCAUGAUUCCUCUUGUAAAGCUUCACGAUCUUUCCACUCGUGAGCUGGCACUUCGUAUUGGAGGCACGAAGGCUGGUUUGCUUAAUGCAAGUAUGAGCAAUACUGUCGAGAUGGUCAUUGCGAUCACCGCCCUCAGGAAGUGUGAACUAAGGGUUGUACAGUCUUCGCUAAUCGGUUCGAUUUUGAGCAAACUACUCCUUGUCCUCGGGAUGUGCUUUUUUGCAGGCGGGCUUCGCUUCUCUGAACAAGGAUUCGACCAGACCGCUACGAAGAUACAUUCAUCGCUUCUAAGUAUCAGCGUUGGGGCUCUGCUCCUCCCUGCUGCGUAUCACUUUGCAAUCAGCGGCGGAAAGGAUUCUGGCUCCUUUGAGCAAAGGAAUGAUAUUCUGAAGAUGAGCUAUGGAGUCUCGAUCAUACUCAUGUUUAUUUACAUUGCAUAUCUUCUCUUCCAGUUCUGGUCCCACAAGCAUCUGUAUAAAGAUACAAAGCUUAAGAGUAGCAGAUUAUCGGUCAAGAUACCAGUCAAUUCGCGUUAUCUGACCGAGAUGCUCUCUGCAUCCAUGAACCUGAACGACAGACCUAGUAGCAUGCAUGAUGGCCAAAGUUCGACUUCGAGUUCUCGACGUGUUUCAAUGAUAUCUUCCAACUUCCCUCCGCUGCCUAGAUUUCCCUAUAGGAACUCGCCAUUGAAUUCUGCCUCCGAGGUCACGCUGACAGGGAGCAAGGAAAAUCUUCCGAAAAUGACUAACCAGGGGGUUACACAAGAGUUCACAAACCGGUUGGUCGAGGAAGCGUUACGGCAAUCUACGCAACCCGAGCACGAUCAGGAAGAUGGCAGCACCAUUGGCCCCUUCAAUCCGCCUUGGAGCGAAUCAACGACACCAUCCGCCGUUAAUACCAGUCCCUUUCGAUACGCCUCACCAGAGCCUAUGACCAUCUCUGAACGUGUCAAUCUGCAGAGGUCGCCAUCAGCGGCGGAAAGUUUCAGAGAGCCGCAGCUUAGCUGGAUGGUCACUCUUCUGCUAUUGACAUUGGUCACUAUUACAGUGACUAUCACUGCUGAAGAUCUUGUGGAAUCCAUGGACGGCAUCUCAACGACGAUUAGCAAACAAUGGGUUGGUCUUGUCUUGCUUCCUGCAGUCAGCUCUAUCGCAGAAUGUGUAACUGCCGUCAAUACUUCUGUGAAAGACCAGCUCAAUCUGAGCGUGAGUAUCGCUGUCGGGUCGUCGAUACAAACCACUCUCUUGGUUAUACCGUUCAUGGUCACCCUUGGAUGGAUCAUAGACAGGCCGCUGGCUUUACUAUUUGACCCGUUUGAGUCUGUGGUUCUCUACGUGUCAGUACAAACCAUGAGUUUCGUGGUCUCGGACGGGAAAUCAAACUGGCUAGAGGGUAUCAUCCUGAUCUGCUUGUACGUCAUCAUAGCCGUUUCCUUCUGGUUCUACCCUGUUGCCUCGAGCCUUCCGAGCGAACUUGCUAUCUGCACUGGCCGGUAACGACGAUGGUCUUUCAACACAAUUUGUUUUUUUUUCUACUUUGGGAUUGUGUUUGCCCUGUAAAGUAGAUGUCCACUCUUUGAAGUAUAUCGUCUGUCGUUUCACCUUCCCAUUCACUCUACGGAACUCUCAUUUAUUUACUUCACAACCUACUUCACAACCUAUUUCACACUCUACUUCACACCCUACUUCACACCCUACUUCACACCUUACUUCAUACCCUGUAUUACACAUGAACUAUCUUCGACAAUGGAAUAUCUACC